AGGCGGUGCUUGUUUCCAGGAAGUAGCACAGCAACGUGACUUCACAUUGCUCCAUUUUAGCUCCCUGCUAGCCUGCAUUUCAAAUUAUAUUUAAUCAAGUUCAUACAUUAGGACAGAAAAUGGGUGAUGAUGAGAAGUAUGACGGGAUGUUGCUUGUUAUGGCACAACAGCAUGAAGGAGGUGUACAAGAGUUAGUAAAUACGUUUUUCAGCUUCCUCCGGCGUAAAACAGACUUCUUCACGGGUGGAGAGGCAGGCGCACCAGAGAAGCUGGUGAAGGAGUCGUUUGCCCACCACAGUGGUCUUGCCCUGAAGGCCCACAGAGAGAAGGAGAAGAGGCAGGAGAAGGAGAAGAGAGAGAAGGCAAAGAGGGCUGCCAAGCUAGCUGAGGAAGAGGAGAUAAAAAGAAAGAACGCAGACGAGCCCAAAAUCAAAGAACUGACAGACGAAGAGGCAGAGAGAAUUCAGUCUGAAAUCGACCAGCAAAAGAAACAAGAGGAGAAGAAAGAGGCCACAAAUGCAGUAGCUCCAGCUGAGGAAGCUGAGAAGGAAGAGAGAGAGAAGGGAGACAAGGGGACUGAUUCCGAUGGAGAAGAAGAUGAGAAAGACAAGGACAAGAUUAAACCCAACGCAGGUAACGGAGCUGACCUGGCCAACUAUCGCUGGACACAGUCCCUGUCUGAAGUGGACCUGGUGGUGCCUUUUGAUGUGAAGUUCCGUUUGAAAGGGAAGGAUGUGGAGGUGGACAUCCAGCGUGGUGUGCUGAAGGUGGGUCUGAAGGGCCAUCCUCCUGUGAUCCAGGGUCAGCUCUACAACCACGUCAAGGUGGAGGAGAGCUCCUGGCUCAUUGAGGACAGCAAGGUGGUCACUAUUCACCUGGAGAAGAUCAACAAGAUGGAGUGGUGGAAUAAGAUAGUGACCACGGAUCCAGAACUCAACACGAAGAAGAUCUGUCCGGAGAACUCGAAGCUGUCAGAUCUGGAUGGGGAGACCCGUGGUAUGGUGGAGAAGAUGAUGUAUGAUCAGAGACAGAAGUCCAUGGGUCUACCCACCUCCGAAGAGCAGAAGAAACAAGACAUCCUCAAAAAGUUCAUGACGCAGCACCCGGAGAUGGACUUCUCUAAAGCCAAAUUCAGCUGAGAGACGUGGCUGUCGUUCCCCAGCCAACCCUCCAUACCCAUCUGCACUCUUACUCUGCCCAGGAAAACAAAACAACCACUGAAUCGUUAUCAAAAGCAACCUCCGGCGCCGAUGUUACAGUUGAAUCCACCCUAUCUUACUCUCUUUGUCUAUAUCACCAUCUCUCUCCCCUUUUCUGUCAUCAUGGGAUACUGGCUUCUUGUUAGUCUCAUUCCUGCGACAGAAACUCGAUGACUGUAGUAACAUCUAUGUGCUGUUCCAUGUGAGAGUGUUCUGAGUGUUUUAAAGAAAUGUUUGGAGCCUUUUUUUUUUAUAACUUGAUUCAAACCACCUUCAUUUUUAUUUAACCAGGCAAGUCAUUUAUGAAUAAAUUCUUAUUUACAAUGACGGCCAAAUCUGGACGAUGCUCGGCCAAUUGUGCGCCGCCCUAUGGGACUCCCAAUCACAGCCGGAUGGGAUGCAGCCUGCAGCCUCUUGCACUGAGACACAGUGUCUUAGACCGCUGCUCCACUUGGGAGCCUGAGUGAAAUAUGGCAUCAUCAGGACUUUACUGCAAGAGAAAAAUAACUACUGAAAUACCAUGUGAGAUUAACUAUCAUGCAGAUUAGGCAUUUAUAAUGAACAACAAUAUAAACGCAACAUGUAAAGUGUUGGUCCCAUGUUUCAUGAGCUGAAAUAAAAGAUCCCAGAAAUGUUC